AUGACCAAAGAACUGACUGCUUCGGAGUCAAAUGGAGUGUGGACGGUGAUGGUACCGCCCAAAAAUUUACAUGUUUUACACAACAAGUGGGCAUUCAAGACGAAAACCGAUGCCGAUGAAAUUGUGGAGUGGAACAAGGAUAUACUGGUAUUAUGCGGAAACGAGCAGCUAUUAGGUAUCGAACUCACACUAAAUUUUGCUGCAGUCACGGAGCUUGACACUGUAAAGGUCAUUUUGGUGCUGUCGAGUCGAUGGAAUCUAUUAUCACGCCACGGCCGUUUCUUAAACGCCUACGUCAAGGAAAAGAAGGAGAAAGAUCUCAACAUAUACAUGAAGGUGCCAAGUGGUAUGCACGGGGUUGAAGCAAGCUGGACAUUUUUGGAGUCAACCUUUACGCUCGAAGUUGGUUGA